CAUCAAGUCCGGCGUGAUAUGAUUUUUCUUGAUUCGUGAUCGAUUCUCUAGUUUAUUGCUUUUUAUAUUCGAUGAUAAUAUAUUCGAUAUGAAGUGUGAUGUUGAUGAUGAAAGUGACGGAUGUUCCGAUGCAUCCGAAACUCCAGAAAGUGAGUGUAAUGGUUCUUACUUUAGUAGUUACGAAAAUCUGGAUGUUCAUCGUCUUAUGCUUAAAGAUCGACCUCGAACUGAAUCGUAUAGACAAGCUAUAUUUGAAAAUGCGAAGCUGUUCCGCGACAAACUUGUGAUGGACGUUGGCUGUGGAACUGGUAUAUUAUCACUGUUUGCUGCAGAAGUCGGGGCAGCCAAAGUGUAUGCUAUUGAGGCAAGUCGUACUGCCCUAAUUGCCAGAAAUGUAGUUAGGCAAAAUAAUUUGCAACAUAUUAUUGAAGUAUUCAGUUGCCCAGUAGAGGAUUUUAUGCUACCAAAUUCCCAAAAAGUUGACGUGAUUAUUUCAGAAUGGAUGGGUUUUUAUCUCUUGCACGAGUCAAUGCUAGACUCUGUCAUUCUGGCUCGAAAUAAGUUUCUUAAAGAAACUGGGACAAUAUUUCCCUGCACCGCGAGCAUUUAUGCAUGUCCAUCUAGUCUCAGUGAUUUCUAUGAUGAAGAGGUAAAUUUCUGGGACAGUGUAUAUGGGUAUGACUUUUCUUCCGUGAAGAUGGAGGUACUUCAAAACAAGCGGCAAUCACCUCAAAUUAUCACUGUAAACAGUACAGAUUUAGUUUCUAAUCCAUGCUUGAUAAAACAAUUUGAUUUGAUGAAAGUCACCUUGGAAAGUCUAAAAGAAUUUGAGUGCAGAUUCUUUGUUGCUUCUCUGAAGGACAGCAUUUGUCGUGGUAUUAUAUUAUGGUUUGACUGUGAAUUUUUCUCAUCCACCGCAUGUGAAGGCAACAUAGUAUUGUCGACUUCUCCACAAAGCCAGCAAACCCAUUGGAAGCAAACAGCCAUACUAUUGCCAACAGAGAUAAGCCUUGAAAAUGGUGAUGUCAUAGGGUUUUCUGUUCGGAUGUGUCAGAGUCUUUCAAAUUACCGUCAUUAUAACAUUCAGGUGGAACUCCUUUCGGAUGAUGAAGAACAUCCUGUUCCUUGCGAUUGCGGCUUGGUCAAAUGUAAAUUGAUCAAAGCUUUUGUGAAUGAGCAAGAACACCUGGUAGAUGACUAUGAAGUUAUUGAGAUUUGAGAUAACAUAGGAUUCUCUUACUGUCCAUAUUGAUACUCUUCUUCAGGGAAAAUUUUUUUCCUCACAGACUAUAUUGAGUUCAAGACCCAAAAUUGUUUGCUCAUAAUGAUAUUGGGAAUAUGGAUGAGUAAAGUUACAUGAUUAUUUCAUGAGAGUGAAAGAUGUCUUUGAUUUUUCAAUUGACAACAUGAAAAUUCUGCUACUUCAUGAACAUAAAUGCAAGUGUUGUUUUGGUGGCACUUCAUUAUCAAAGCUUGUUCUUUAUGCAAUUUCAAUUUCAAAAUGAGUAGCAAAACUAUUUUUAAAUUUUGCUGUUUUAUGAUUUUGCUAAAUUGCAUAAUGACCACCCAUUCUGACUGUAAACAAACGUCAUAUAUUAUACAUGAAAUUAUAUAAGUGUAUAUUCAUACUUCACAAUUGCUCAGAAGCAUACCCCACCUAGUCCACCUUAGGAAAAAUGCAACCUUUAUCUGGUAUGCACAAUGCACUUAUGGUUUAUUUUUUCCAACCUCCCCCUCCCCCUCACAGCUGCUGAAUUUGUCGCGCAAUUCAUGGAAACUUUCCUUUCUUAGUAGUUUUACCAAUUGGGCACAAACAGUUUAAUUAUUUAAUGGAAAAACAGAGUCUUCCUUGAAUGAACAUAAAUGGUGUUGCAUGUCUGUCACGAUCCAUGCAACUGGACUGCAGCGAUUGCGCUAGUGCACUUCUUUUCAUUCACCAAUUUUCUUUCUUAUUCUACUCAAUGUUUCACUAAUAAAACAUCUGUACCGCUCUGCACUACGUAGACGUAUGUGAACUCGUUAGGAUCUAUCAAUGCUGAAAUACAGGAUGGUGCGUUACCUCCAACUGGACUAUUUUCCACUUAAGUCAUUGGAGAACCUGAACUGAUAAUUCAGCAAGAAACGAUACGGUAUUCAGCUGAUGAACAUUCGCUCACAAAUUUAUGAUUGAGUUGUACGAAUCGUUAAAGAUAAUGACGAGACGAAUGAAGUAGGAAAGGUUUUCUCGACGAAGAUAUUCUUUCGAAAUUGUAUGUUGUCAUGAAUACUUCUAUGUGAAUAUUUCGGUCUUCACUCCAUGAAAACUAACAGAUUUCAAAGAAAAUAAAGACAUAACUAGUAACUAGUGCUAAACAUUUGAAAUUGACAUAGCAUGAGAAAACGUGAAGGCUGGCUUCAUGGUAUUAAUGAUGACCAGAGCUGUUAUUUAUUUAUUCCAUUUCUGUUAUUGGCUUAUGUUCAACCAACAAUAUGAUUUUAAUAAUCUUACUCACUCCAGUCAGGAUUCAAGUUUAGUUAUAGCAUCCUAGCAUUGGUGGGUCAAUAGAUUCAAUGCCGGUAGUAAAGAUGAUAUAUAAUAUUGAUGAAGUAAUCAAAGACAUUCCAGGUAGCUUUAUCGAGAGACUUCUUCAGAUGUUCGCUGAUGAUUUUAGUAGCAAUGAUCGCAAUGAACUCAAAACAAUUAUGAAUCCCAAAAUAACUAACCUAAAAGGUUCGAUUUUUAAUAGUGAAUUUUUUAGUCGUUUUCAAGAUGGGAAAGAUGAAAACGUUCGAGAAAAAAUUAAAAUACACAAAUAAUGAA